CUCACUUUUUUGUUUUGUUUUUUUAAUUUGGGAGGGGGGGAGAUGAAGAAGGUGGUCUUGGUUACAGGAGCCAACAGUGGGAUCGGCCUGGCCUUGUGUGACCGGCUGCUCUCUCAGCACUCGGAGAGUCUUCAGUUGUGUCUGGCCUGCAGGAACAUGCAGCGAGCUCAAAGUGCUCGCUCCACGCUCUUGCUCUCCCACCCCACAGCUCAGGUGUCACUGCUGCAGAUGGACACCAGCAGCAUCUGCUCGGUCAUCAGUGCUGCUCGGGAGGUCAAACUAAGGUACAAACGGCUUGACUACGUCUACCUGAAUGCAGGGAUCAUGCCAAACCCACACUUUGAUUCGAGAGCCUUUUUCAGAGGCCUCUUCUCCAGCAACGCUAUCAGCAUGUUUGCGACUGGUGAGGGGAUUCUGAUCCAGAAGGAUGAGGUCACUGAUGAUGGACUCCAACAAGUGUUUGCCACCAACCUUUUUGGUCAUUUUUUACUUCUGAGAGAACUCGAGCCUGUUCUUUGCCAAUCCGGCCAGACGUCCCAAGUCAUCUGGACGUCCUCCAGUAACGCCCACCGCUCAGCUUUUAGCCUUGAAGACGUCCAGCACCGCAAUGGCUCGCAGCCGUACAGCUCAUCCAAAUAUGCAUCAGACCUGCUCAGCCUGGCACUUAACACACACUUCAACCAACAGGGUUUGUAUUCGUCUGUGAUUUGUCCGGGCUUUGUGAAGACCAAACUGACCUAUGGCAUCCUACCCUCCUUACCUACCUUCUUCUGGACUUUGCUCAUGCUCAUUUUUUGGCUGAUCAGACUGUUCACCAACACCUUCACCCUGACACCUCACAACGGCGCAGAAGCUCUGAUCUGGUUAUUUAAUCAGAAACCCGAAUCUCUGGACCCACAAGCAAAGUAUCACAGUCUAACAUCAGCUCUGGGAAGAAACUACACUUGUCUCUCUCAGAUGGACGUUGAUUUGGAGACAUCAGAAGCUCUGUACAGAAACUUGCUGCAACUCCAGAGCGAAGUUCAGAAAUCACUGAAUUGGGAGGAAAAGUAACUUUUAGUUCCAAGAUAUUCACAAUGGAUGUGGUACCAUUCAAUAAUGCAGCUGUUUUACCUCAGCAAAUAUUUAUACACGUAAAGCUCCAUUUAUAUUCCAAAGGGACCAUGUUUACAUCCGCUUCACCUGUUCGCCGUCCACAGCAGCACCUCACACACCCUCGAUCUGGUUGUCAAGUCGACUGUCGUCUGGACCAAACAAAGUGUACUCUGACAUCAGACUGUCUGUGUCAUCCAAAAAGUUCACAUACGUCGUCAGUGACUCAGGCGUGUUGGUCGGCGCAGGCAAGUCUAUUCCCAAGUUGUUGUCUCGCGUCACAGCCAAGGAUUCCUCCUCUGCCCCGCUCAGUUUUGGGUUGCAAAAAGCCCAGACCAUUCCGCAAAAAUAUACGAAGAAGGUGCCCAUGACCAUCACCAUGAGUGCGUAUGACUCUAUCAUGGCUUUGGUGACUGGAGAUGUCAUCUCUGCAAGCACAGGUCCAGUGAGUGUGAUCAGCAGAGGCAAGUGUGAGGCGGAGUCUGGCAGGACAAACCAUCUGUCCUCAGGGAAUGACUGAGGGUGAAGCUGCUUUUUUCGGAGAAAUGUAAGCACAUGAUGAGCCAUUCAUCUGUUUAAUAUCAGCAUCACUACUGUCAUCCA